CACCAAACCCCACUAACUACACCUUCUCAUCUUCAACUUCUUGGCUUUUUGAAAGGAAAAAGCCAUAACAGCUUCAAUGAGUUCCAUAACCAAAGCUCCUCUUUCCUCCAACGAUGUUCUUUCCUCCGAGGAGAGUGGUUGGACAACAUAUUUUGACGACUUCUUCAACAACCAUGUCGACAACAAAUGUUCCAUGCCUUUGUCAGCUGUUGCUUCUACCUCCCUUGUCUCUGAUGCAGCUUCUUUGGUCGACAAAAAAGUGGUCAGUGCCAUACAAGUUCAAGAGUUUUCAGUCAAUCAAAAAUCCAAAAUAACAAGUUUCAAGAAGAGAAAAGAUGCCUUAACGGCUUUCAUUGAUGACGCUUUGGAAGAUACUGCAACUUCUUCUCUCAAUAGUCCCAAGGAGAAAGGUAAUAUCUCAGGGCAACAAAAUGAGCAAAAUGAAAUGAGCUCCAAAGCGAGGAACAGUGAUUGCACAGAGUCAAAGAAGAUAGGUCUUUGCUUAAUUUGUCCCUUUGUCAAUGGUAGAGAACUUUCUAUGUUAAUUACUUAGUAUAUUAUGUUAAAUUCAAUCAUAACCAUUUUUGGGUAAAAAAAAAAAAAAUCUUGUUAAUGUACAUAUACUAGUACACAUUUCUCUCUCUUCACUCUCUCUCUCUUUUUCUGCUAGAGCACAUAGAAAAUCAUUCUGCUAGAUAUAAUGAAUUGACCCUUUUUCUACUGUUCCCAAAUUCCUAUGCAAUGGUAAUAUAAGUAGUGAAUCACUGUUCACUGGUUACACUGAAACAUACCAGAGUCUAUAUAUGUAUAGGACAUAUUCUGCUGCAAAAAACAGAUGAAACAUGAGACACAUAAAGCAUAGAAUAAAUACAAUGGUGGGAACUGCGAAGAUUUGAAGUGAUGAGUAGUAAUAAGUAUAAGGAGCAUCAUUUGUCUCUGACACACAGAAUCCAGAAUGAUCAGCAUACACUGGGAUUGCUGUGUCUCCUUAAAAAACUCUUGCAAAUUAAUUAACACAUCCUUUGUUAAGGGAAUUUUAUGUAACUUUUAAUAACUGACCAAUUUAAUGCAUUCGUUAGUAUCAUCUUCCAAGUAAAGUACUGUCUUUAUUGGUGGAUAUUCAUGCUUCACGAAUCAUGGUCCAAAAAUAAUGCUAAGAGAGAUUAAAAAAACAUAUAUUAUGGUUGUUAUGUUUUAAUAACAUGUAUGAACUGUUGUAAAGUACCAGGUUUAGUUCUUUAUCAAUGAAAAAUGUUUUGAACAAUAUGUUGAUUCUUCAUUAUCAUUGAUAUUAUCAAUACAAUCAUAUGUUAAUGUAUAUUAUGAAUACAACAAAUAAAUAGUACUAUAGUGUUUUGUAAUGGAUUAAUUAAUGAUUUCUACCUAACAAGAACAGCUGCAAAACUUUCAUAUCAAGGUGGAGGGAAAGAAGAAAAAGCAAGAUGACAACAUCACCAAAACUUAACCUCAAAGGACCGACACACUAAAUAGAUUGGCCAUGUUAGAUAAUUGAAUUUUCUUCCAUGUCUUUUGGAUCUUCUACAUUAUUUAGAUAGUAAAGGGAAAGAAAACAUAUUUUCCA